GAGUGAGGAAUGAUAAUCAAGAUGAUAAUUGAUGACACGUACGCAUCGUUUGUCCAUUAUCAAUCCUGCACCCAGGACCAAAAGGCGAACGUUGACCAUGGAUACCAUCGAAUCUCAACUGGCUGUAAGGAAUAAAUGCGAUCAACUGCAGAAGUCCAUUAAGGAGCUGUACGAUUGGGAAGCAGAUAUAAAAAAAGCCGAAUCCGCCAGGGCUGAAGCGAAUGAGGAGAUACUUCCUCCGGUACGUAGUGAUGAGAAGGCCAUGAAAGAUUUCUCCGUUCAGGAGAGUGCGCAUGCUGAAAAACAAGACCAAGGUACCGACAAGGAACAGAUCGCCAAGGCCGAAAGAUUCAAAGAAAUUGGAAACAAACAGUGUAAACUUGGAAACUAUUUAUCAGCAAUUGACCUCUACACUCAAGCUAUUGAAACAUACACUGCUUGUGCAACGUACUAUACCAAUAGAGCACUGUGUUACAUGAAUAUUGAGCGAUAUGAUGAUUGUCUUGAAGACUGCAAUACUGCCAUUGCAAAAGACCCAAACUGCAUUAAAGCCUACUACAGGCGAAUGCAAGCGUACGAGCGACUGGGCGAGAACAGCAAAGCUCUAGCGGAGUGUCGCAAGAUAUUGGAAUUAUCCAAAGACGAGAAAGAGAUGAACACCGCGAAAAAGGACAUGGCUAGAAUAGAAAAACGUCUCAAAGGGCAAGCGUCUUCGCCGGCGCCCGUAACAGGAAAUAAGGGAAACAAUGAGCAAAACCCAACAUUGUUGCUGAUAAAGCAGGAGGCAGACAAGUAUAAGGAGCUGGGAAACAAACUACUAGCCAAAAAGGAUUACGUUACGGCUGAGAAACACUACACACAUGCGAUUUCAUUGUUUGACAACGAAGCAAUUUAUUACACAAACCGUAGUCUCUGCUAUUGGAACCUGAAAGACUAUGAUAAGUGUCUGGCGGAUUGCAACAAGGCAAUCCAGCUAGAUGACUCAUACUUCCGACCCUAUUACAGGCGGAUGCAGGUGCGUGAAUUGCGAGGCGCUUAUCAAGGUGCCUUAGAAGAUUGCCGGAAAUUUAUCGAACUCAACAAAGAUGAAAAACAGAAGGCCACUGCCGAGAAAGAUAUGGUAAGGUUGGAACGAUUACUGAAGAGUGAGCAGCCUGCCAAGCAAUCCUUUGUGUGGAACGAACUGAAGAAGAAUGCAAAGCGUAUCGAGUUCGUUCAAAAACCACCUCAUAUGCGUUCAAGAAAGCCGCUAAAGAGAAUCCACAUUGCCGACGUACCACCUCUAGUGCAAGCACCAAAAGCGAUUCCGCAAGGCGGUAUUACAAAACGCCAGACCAUCCCAGACGCAAUCAUUGAUCAAAUGUUCAACAACAACACAGGAGAACGAUUGACGGUCCCCGAAGAGAAGACAAAUCUAGAACACCUAUUUCCGGCUCAUUCCAAUAAGCUGAAGAAUAUGUUUUCCCCUCCUACAACUCCUAGCGACAAACCAAAAUCAUUUCCUUCUUCUGAGGCUCCCAUUCCUUCCAUAAGUCGAGAUUUGCAAAACAUAGGCGUAAAGGCAACUGAGAUUAAAACUGCCUCAUUUGUUGGCCCCGAGACGAAACCGAGUGAUAAAAUGGAAAAAGACAAAAUCAAUCACGAAAAUCAGGGUCUGAACGAAGCAGCGAAGAAGCAAAAGGAUCCUGCAAAAAUGACUGAUGUUAAUCUUUCGAUUCCCAAAUCAACGGCCCAGUUAUAUACUACUUGGAGUGGAUUAAAUGAAGAUCUCAGAUAUCAAUAUUUGAAACUAAUGAAGAAUGCACCAUUCAGCAAACUGCUUGGGGCGAGUUUGUCCAACCAGAUGCUUGGCGAAAUAUUGUACAUCUUGAAAAAACAUUUCAUCGCGAACCAAAUUGAUGUGACCAAUAUAAUGCGUGGAGUAGCAGAGAAUGAAUGUAUCUCCAUACUUGCUUUGAUGCUGAACAACGAAGACCGAAAUGCCGUCGAGGUGUUACUCACCUACAUGCAAGGUCAACAUUUGAAGCAAGAGGAAUUGCAACGCAUUCGGUCAAAGCUUCUUGUAUGAGUAAAGCAAUUGUGCACUGGAGGCAUGCAAAGCAAACACUCGUGAACGCAAAUAAAUAAUCUGUACUUACAUCGAUAUGUUAUCA